UGACGGAGAGGGGAAGCGAAGCGCUGCCUCCCUCCCUCCUCUCUGUGCGCACCGAGCUCCGCUCCUCUCUCCUACAUUAUUCAAACAUGGCGAAACUCUUUGCCAUUAUCCCACCUCAGUCACCGUCCUCCGCUUCAGCGCUACCGUCACCAUCUUUACCGUGUCCGCUGCCGUUAUCUCCGGCCCCGUGAUGACCCGGGAGGAUGGAGAAGUUGUCGGCGAGCCUGUCGGAGAUCACUUGGAGCCCCUUGGCGCUGCCGCUGGACGCGGUGGUCAGCAAGUACCGCCUGCCCACUCUGGUCCGCUUGGCCCACGGUGAAUGCGUGGAGGGUUUGUCGGAGGACGACGUGGUGCUGCUGCACUCCUGCCGUCAGUGGACCACUGUGACGGCCCACAGCUUGGAGGAGGGACACUACGUCAUCGGGCCCAAGAUCGACAUCCCACUGCAGUACCAGGGGAAGUUCAAGUUGCUGGAUGAGGACCGCGACGUCCGGGAUCCAGUCCAGUAUUUCUCCAGUGUGGAGGAAGUUGCUGGAGUCUUCCCUGACCGGGUCUUCGUCAUGGAGACUAUCACUUUCAGCGUCAAGGUGGUUUCCGGGGAGUUCAGUGAGGACAGCGAGUCCUACAGCUUCACUCUGCAGGCUGGAGAUGAGCUGUCACUGAUGGGGAAAGCCGAGCUUCUGUGUGCCUCACCCCCAAAGGAAAAGACGGGACUGAGCGCGCUCCUGAGACGCCUGGGAAAAACUCCAAGAAGUAAGACGCCCUGUCUGGUCUGUAUGAACCACCGCACCAACCAGAGUGUUAGCCUGCCCUUCGUCUGCCGCGGACGCUUCUGCACACGUUCCCCGCUGGAGCAAGGCAUGCUGGGAGGGGAGCACACAGUCCGCAGCAUCAUUGAGAGAGUCCGCCUCCCUGUGAACGUCUCGGUGCCUUCCCGCCCACCGCGGAACCCCUACGACCGCCACGGCGUGCGCGAGGGCCACCGCUACAAGCUGCUGAACAUCGUCAGCAAGACGGUGGUGCUCUGCUUGGUCCUCCGGCGGCAGGAAGUGUCUCCCUCGCACUUCCUGCUGCUGCGCUGCAUGCCUCGCUUUAACGUGGCCGAGGCCUCCGUCCACACGGCGGCGCUGGAGAGCCUGCUGCUGAGACACGCCUUCGACCCGGACGCCUACUCUCGGGCGGUUAGAGAGACGCGUCCAGAGCUGGAGUGCAUGACGGAGGAGUGCGUGAGCCCCCGGCGGUCCCGGCUUUGCGUGUCGGGUCAGGACUCGCUAGCGCCGGCGCUGCAGCGGCUCUCCAUGUGCGGCUACGUGGGCGGGCUUUCUGAAAACUCUCUAGGGGCGAGGCUGGGCGAAGGACCCGGUGACGAAAGGGAGUAUGUGACUCCCGAUUGGACUGAGGACGAGUUGAGGACCAAUGAGGAAAUCCCUUAUGAAGAACUCUGGACCAAUCAGAACGCAGAGAGUUUGGGGAAAGAACCAAACCUCAUUUCCUUCCACACGUCUUCCUCGUUGGACGGGUCUCUUGGUACCGUGGUGACCAGAGUGUCUACCCCGCCACCUAUACCUCCAAAAUCUGAUGCUGUGAGGGAGGAGUGCCGCUACUUGCUCGCCCCUCCGGUGCCGCCUCGCUGCUCUAAAGGAGGCUCCGUCUCCAGUCCAGCCCCCAGCCCGCCGGUUCCGCCUCGCUUCCCCAAAACCUCCACCUCCCCAAGGCCAAACCUCUCCUUCUACUCCUCCGGACUGCAGGACAGCUGCUCCCCCUCUCCGGACGCCACCCUCUACUGCUACCCAUGUUCCUGGGCCGACUGUCCCGCUCCUAACCCAGGCAGUCCGGACCCGACCUCCGCCGCCCCUGCAGAAAACACAUCCAGCUCUCAGCCUGCGCAUGCCACCUGGGCGGAGCCCUGGGUGGAGUCCUUCACAUCCCCCACACCUCGACUCCGGCCGCCGCCCCCGCACAGCCGAUUCGCCCCGUUUGGCGCAUUGAACCCCUUCAACCGCCAGUCGCCUUGCCCCUCGCCUGAACCCGCAGCGAAUGAUUCCUCCAGAGGCGCGGAAGGUGGCGGGACGUCAUUGAGUGGCGCUGAUGGGUCCCCCUCUCCUCCUGACCCCACCUGGAGGCCGCCCAGCGACCUUUCCGCUCUGUCACUGGAGGAGGUGUCGGCGUGCCUGCGGUUCAUCGGCCUGCCGGAGGCGGCAGUGGCCGUCUUCCAGAGGGAGCGGAUCGACGGCAGCCUUUUGGUGCAGCUGACUGAAGACAUUCUGUCACACGACUUCCACCUGAGCCGCCUCCAUGUGACCAAAAUCACACAGUUCAUCCAGGGCUGGAGGCCCAAAAUCUAACCCUGCCACCCUGGUAAUGUGCCUGAUGGCAACACAGCCGUCCUGAAUGUGCCUUCCACUGUGACCCACUGGCUGCUGAGCCCCACUGCUUGAAGCCUAAGGAAACCACGCCCCCCUAUGGCUAAACUGCAGAACUGACUCUUCACUCUGCAGAUUUUAAUUUUAUUUUUCUCUGAAUUUCAGACUGGAAGUAGUUUUACUAACAUUGGCUCCAGAUGAAAAUUGAAUAGUCAAAACUUCCCGCUUUAGUUCUUAUUUUAAUUUUCGAUAGAACGGCCUUUAGACAGCAUUCGGAGUUCAGUGGCCAUGAAACGGAAAAGAACAAAAAAAAAAAAACAUCUUAUUUGAAGGGGUUUACAUAAGACUGACAUGAUGCAGUCAUAAACAUGAAGGAGGCAUCAUGAAUGUACAUGACUGUUGUCCUGAAGUGUCACUCCGUAAAUAAUAGCAUUUUUAAUGAAGUCACAUAAAAAAUGUCACUUUUAAUUAUAAAAGUGACACUUUCAAUGUGACUUUGCAUUAAAAGUGUCACUAUUUACAACUUUUAAUGAAACUUUGCAUUAAAAUUGUCUCUUUAAAUACCGUUUUGCAUUAAUAGUGACUCUUUUCAACGGACUUUGCAUUAAUAAACAUCAUUAUUCACUGAAUGACACUUGCUGACAACAACCCUUCAAAUACAGUGUUCCCCCCCAAAAAACAUUUAAAUUUCAAAUUCAAAAAUACUUUUUUGACCCUAAAAGAACAUUAAAUGUUGUUUUACCUCAUGUUAAUUCAAAAUUAUUCAGAAUUCUUGUAAAUGUGGGCAGGAAGCAUCACCUGUAGCAGUCUGUGUCACGGUCAAUUUGAAGAAGCCUCUGACUGAAGAUGCUCUGUUUUUCCAUGACAGUAUCAUGAAGAAGAUGAAAAUUAUUUUUGACUUUUUUUUUGUAAAUUCUAGUUAUUAUUAUUAUAGGUACUGAAUGAGUUUUGGACGAUUAAACCUAAACUUUUGACCAGUAGGACGAGUAAAACUGAACAUGUCUUUCAAACUGGUUUCCCUUGAGCUUCUGUGGGAUAUAACUGGAAUGAAUGGAGGAGCUUAGGAGCUAAAAAUAAACAACUAGUUAAACUAAAUUAAUAAAAUAAAAACAAAUACAAUGUGUUGUUAACUCUAUAAGUACAAAAUUUGGGGUUAAACGUUCAGCCAUGAAUGUCUUGGAUUUUCUGUGCUUCACUGCAGUGACACUGUUGGGAAUCACAGCAUAACUUUAUCGAUAAUUUUAGUUACAUUAAUUUGCUUCAAUGACACAUUAAUUUUUUUCUUUUUAGUUUCCCCAAGCCUGAGAAAUGAGUUUUUAUGAUAUACCUCAAAUUUCUUGUUCUGUUAUGCUUUAUUUACCCAAAUAAAUGUAACUACAAUUAAAUCUCGCUUUGUUAUUAUUUCACAAGAUUUAAGAAUUAAAUUAGGACAAUUUAAAGUCCCAGUAAAAGUAAACAGAUUGCAGAUUUCUGGCCGAUCACCGAUCUUUAAAAAGCCUAACCUGCUGAGUGUGAUCCACCCUUAUUAGAUGGUUUAAAGUUUACAGACCUACAUUUGAUUCUGUGAAGAUUUUUUACCAUAAUUAUUGAUUAAAUUCACUAAAUAAUUGGCCUACUAAUCCAGAUGUAUUAAAAUUGUAGAUAUAUGUAAAAACAAAGACUUAUUUUCUAUUUAUAGAAUAAUAAAAUGGCCAGAUGUGUCCAGAUAACUAUGGAGAUGCAAUUUUUGUUUUUCUAUACUUGAUUGUCUAUGAUUGUAUUAUUGUCAGUUAUAUUUCACUUUAAAAACAUUUAUGUUCCCAAAACUCAGUGGUGUAUAGACAAAUGAAAAAGCUGCUUAGUGAUGUUUUUGAAAUCUGCUCCUUGUGUUACUUUACAGACUGAAGUAAAUGAAAUAUUGACCCUGUAAAUGCAUGACCGCCAUCAGACGAACGAUGCAGAAAUAAAUGAAUGAUAUACGAAAUAAAACAAAGGUAAAUGA